AUGGAGGAGAACAAUAGGGAAAGUAAUAGUAGAAAUGGUAGUUUCAGGUUGGGAUUGGGUUUAGGAGUGAACGAGGCAAAAGUUCACACUGUUGUUGAGCUUGGUGGGUUUGAAACAAAGAGUCUUCUUUUAGAUGGUGAUCAUGAGGAGAGAGAAAAACAAGAACAACAACAACAACAAAAACAUCAACCUCUUACAAACACUCUAUCUCCUAGACAAAUGAAGUCUCUUGUUGCUCUUUGUGAUACCAUAAUACCUUCCAUUGAAGGCAACAACGUUGUUCAUUCCUCUCAUGAAUCUGUUAACAACUUCUACCGUACUUCUGCCUCCAUGGCUGGUACCCCUCAACGUCUUGGAAUAUUAAUUGAAAAAUUGAAACACCCAAGUACAAGAUUAUUGAUGGUGACAUUAUGGCUACUAUCUACAUGGUUUGGCACAUUAAUAUUGUGUGGCAAGGCAAGUCUCUCAACAAACUUCCCUUUCUUCCGUAGCUUCCCUGACCUGUCUUCAGAGACACGUCAAAAUGUUAUGAAGUGUUGGUCUCAGAGUUAUUUUCAUCAUCUUAGAAUGUUUUUCAGAACCAUUAAGCUUCUCACUCUCCUCGUCUUCUUUACUCAGCUAGAUGAAGAAGAAAACAACCCAUCAUGGAAGGCAAUUGGAUACAGUGGACCUCAUGAAGAGUUCAAACGGCAACAAAAGAACCACAUUUUACAAAAAUCAUCAAAAGAAGGACUACAAAAGGAAAAACAAGAAGAUAAUAAUGAUGAUGAUAAUGAUAAUAAUGAAGAGAUUUUAGGACCUCUUUAUAGAGGUCUUGUCCAUCUAAACCAUCCCUGUGACAUAAUUGCAGAUUCCUUAAGAAGAUUCAAAUUCCAUGUCUCUGUCACUCCUCCAAACAAUAAACCUUCAACCAUCUCAUCUCCUUCACUAGUUAUCCAAUGUGAUGUAGUAGUUGUUGGUUCUGGCUCAGGAGGUGGAGUGGUAGCUGGAGUUUUAGCAAAAAGUGGUUAUAAAGUGUUGGUAUUAGAGAAAGGAAGCUAUUUUGCUAGAAACAAUGUUUCUCUUCUUGAAGGACCAACCAUGGAUCAAAUGUACCUCUCUAAUGGUUUAAUUGCUACAACCGAUAUGUCGGUAUUAAUACUAGCAGGAUCCACAGUUGGUGGAGGGUCUACAAUCAAUUGGUCAGCAAGCAUUAAAACCCCUCACCAUGUCUGCAAGGAAUGGUGUGAUAUCCAUGAGCUAGAAUUAUUUGAAAGUACAUUGUACAAAGAAGCCAUGGAUGUUGUGUGUAAGAAAAUGGGAGUACAAUCUGAUUUUGAAGAGGAAGGGUUUAAUAAUGCAGUAUUAAGAAAAGGUUGCCAUGAAAUGGGGUAUCCUGUUAACAACAUUCCUAGAAAUGCUCCACCAAAUCAUUAUUGUGGGUGGUGUUGUAUGGGAUGCAAAGAUGGAACAAAGAAAGGAACAUCAGAAACAUGGCUUGUGGAUUUGGUGAAAUCAGGUAAUGGAGCUAUUCUUCCUAAAUGUGAAGCUAUACAAAUCUUGCAUAGAGAAAAGAAAGGAAGUGAUAGAAAAACUGCUAGUGGAGUGGCUUUUGCAAUUGAGUACAAUGGGAACAAAGACAUUUGUGUGGUGGAAUCUAAAGUCACAAUUAUAGCAUGUGGAGCACUUAGUACUCCAUCAUUACUUAAAAGAAGUGGUUUGAAAAAUGAAAACAUAGGGAGAAACUUGCAUCUUCAUCCAGUGACAAUGGCUUGGGGAUACUUCCCUAAUUCACCUUCUUCAUCCAAGUUAUGGCCUGAGGAACAUAAAAAAAGCUAUGAAGGAGGGAUCAUGACAGCAAUGUCAACUGUUGUUGCAGAGUUUAAUAAAUCAGGAUAUGGUGCAGUGAUUCAAACACCUUCAUUGCAUCCAGGUUUGUUCUCAAUUCUAAUGCCAUGGAAUUCUGGAAUGGAUAUAAAAGAUCGAAUGCGUAAGUUUUCGAGAACUGCUCAUGUGUUUGCAUUGGCUAGGGAUCAAGGAUCAGGAACUGUGGAUUCACCUAGUUGUAUAAGUUAUCAUAUGAAAGAUGCAGACAAAGAGAAUUUGAAAAAAGGAAUUGAGAAAGUGCUUAGAAUAUUGGCAGCAGCUGGUGCUGAAGAAAUUGGAACACACAAUAAUAAGGGAAAUAGGUUGAAUGUUAAGAAAGUGAGCUAUCAUGAAUUUGAGAAAUUUGUUAAGGAAGAAAGUUCAAUGGAAUUAACUGACCUUUCAACACCUAUAUGUUCAGCACAUCAGAUGGGGAGCUGUCGAAUGGGGAAUAAUCCAAAGGACUCAGUUGUGAACCAAAUGGGGGAAACAUGGGAAGUUGAGGAUCUUUAUAUUGCAGAUGCAAGUGUAUUUCCCACUGCUUUGGGUGUGAAUCCAAUGGUUACUAUUCAGGCUAUUGCAUAUUGCACAGCACAACAUGUUCUUGAAGUUCUUAGAAGGAAAAAGUGAAGAUUUUAUUUGAAAAUAUUCAAAUUGCAAUAAUUUUAAGGGAGUUGCACAAAUAAUAUGAGUACCAAGAUAAUAAGAUUAGUUUACUUCACGUAUAAUUGCAAAGUUUACUAUUUUUGUCAUGGGUUUUGAAUAAUUAGUGUAUGGAAAUUUGUUACAGAAAGCUUAAACAUACAUUAAAAUCAAUCUCUUAUGUACAUUGAAGGUCUCUAUAUCGAAUUUCCAAACACACAUGUGUACUUGUUAUAUACUUUUAUUGUUGAUGCUUCAAUUAUGUCAACUAUGACAUGUUUCUUCUUUCAUUGUUA